AUGGGGAGACUGUUUAGAGUUUUAAGUGGUAAUUGGAAGAGAAACCGUCGAGAGCACUGGCAUUUCCUCCCCGCGCCUGGUGAUAACCCCUGGACCAUGUAUGUCGAGGAAGCUGAUUAUUAUCAAAUGGUGGAAGGGGCAAUAAGAGAGGUUUAUGGUCUAGGUGAGGCUACGCCGGUGAUUAUCACCUAUGGGAGGCCUGACUGGAUGCUUUUCUCUAGUGGGAACAUACCCCCACUGACGCUAUCAACUUCUCAUGAUCUUCAUGAUUUGUUAACAGGGAGGCCAUGGGUGACAGAGGUUACUUUACUGGUUACUAUUGGGGCAAGGAGCGUGGCAGAGUACAACUUUCUCCGACGUUCUAACUUCAGUAUUGGGACAACCACUUAUGUGGUUGAUGGUGCGCAGGAUGACAGAGCCAGAGCUAUAUUCGAAGGUUUGGUUUUCAGUGAACGUCUUCUAACUAGUGAGAGGGUGAUGUUGGAGAUAUUUGGAGAACAAGAGAUGCAACUCCUCUACCGAGUUGCACAAGAGUUGCAACAUGUUGACAGGGGUGUGGGUUUUCAGGGCGCAAGUACAAGCACUGCAGCUCAAGAGCAAGAGGUUCCAAACAAUGUCUCCCAAGCUCCAUCUGUUCUCUGGGAUGUCGAGAUAAACUUAGUCAACUAUUCGGCUUUCAUAGACACAGAUAGGGAGCUUGGUACAGAUCCAAUUGGUACGGAUUUCUGGAGAGAUUUAAUGGAAGAGGAGGCUAAAGCAACUGAGAUAUUGGACUAG